CGCGCAUAAAUUUGGAUCCUAUAUAUACCAGGCAGACUCUAGGCAUCUCAUCACACAUCCAAUAGAUACAUACCCCAAGCAACUUUACUGCUCAGUCACAAGUCACAAUCUUCAACGGAUCGAAAUGGCUCACCAUCUCCACAAGAGCGAGCCUGCGGCGGAGGCAGAGCCGUCCAAGGUGAAGGUCGCCGCCAGCAAAGGCAAGGAGGAGAAGCACCACAAGCACAUGGAGCAGCUCGCCCAGCUCGGCGCCGUCGCCGCCGGAGCCUACGCACUGCACGAGAAGCAUCAGGCGAAGAAGGAGCCGGAGCAGGCCAAGGAGCACAAGGUCAGGGGAGGGGUUGCUGCCGCUCUGGCCGUCGGCAGCGCCGGUCUCGCCCUGCACGAGCGCCACCAGAGGAAGAGCAAAGCCGCCACGGAAACCGCCGGUGACCACUGAUCUGUUCCAGCUCAGCUAGGAACUUGGAGUGUCAUCGUGCAAUACUCCCUCUCGUCUUCACAGCUAUCUGUUGCUCUACACACGUUUAUGUUCUACUUGAAUUUGGAUGUAUUACCUCCUUUACAUUCUUGCUUUGGGGCCACGUACAUAGACACUCGAGCUAGGUUUACCCAUGUGCUUGUACCUGAAUUUCAUUCAUCCUACUCCCAUAAUAUUUACAUUUUUUUUGCC